CUCCCGUAAUAACAGCUGAAGGUACCCGGGCUGCAGGUGUCCGUGCUGGCUAUCUAAGAUGUUACCUUUAUCCAUUAAAGAUGAUGAAUACAAACCUGCAAAAUUCAAUCUGGUUCUCAAACUCUCCGGGUGGUUCAGAUCAAUUCUGGCUGACAAGACAUCGCGGAAUUUGUUUUUCUUCCUGUGCCUGAAUCUGUCUUUUGCCUUUGUGGAGUUAACGUACGGCAUCUGGAGUAACAGUUUAGGGCUGAUAUCUGACUCCUUUCACAUGUUCUUCGACUGCACAGCACUUCUGGCAGGUCUCGCCGCAUCAGUGAUUUCACGGUGGAGGUCCAAUGACUCCUUCUCAUACGGUUAUGUGAGAGCAGAAGUGCUGGCAGGUUUCGUCAACGGUCUCUUCCUCAUCUUCACUGCUUUUUUUAUUUUCUCAGAAGGCGUGGAGAGAGCAUUAGAACCCCCAGAUGUGCACCAUGAACGCCUGCUGCCUGUGUCCAUCGCAGGGCUCCUCGUCAACCUUGUUGGCAUCUUUGUGUUUCAGCACGGGGGACAUGGACACUCUCACAGUGGAGAAGGUCACGGGCACAGCCACUCUCUUUUUAACGGCAGCGUGGGCCACGGACACAGCCACGGGGGACACGGACACAGCCACGAUUCUAAACACGGGCAUGGGCAUGGACACAAUCAUGGACACAGUCAUGGACAUGAUCAUGAUCAUGGACAUGGACAUGAACAUGGACAUGGCCAUUCACACGAGGAGCCUCACUGCCAUGAUGAUCACUUGCACUUACCAGAAAGAGGCUCCAGCAAACAGAUCUUACAAGGAGUUUUUCUCCACAUUGUCGCUGAUACGUUGGGAAGCAUCGGCGUCAUCAUCUCAGCCUUCCUGAUGCAGAAGUACGACCUGAUGAUCGCUGAUCCGAUUUGCUCGAUGCUCAUCGCCAUUCUCAUAGGCGUCAGUGUGGUUCCUCUGCUAAAGGAAUCCAUUGGCAUCCUGAUGCAGCGAACUCCACCUGCACUUGACAAUGCCCUUCCUGAGUGCUACCAAAGAGUGCAGCAGCUGCAGGGUGUGUAUAACUUGCAGGAGCCGCACUUCUGGACACUGUGCACCGACGUCUACAUCGGCACGCUGAAACUCCUCGUGGCUCCUGACGCUGAUUCCCGAUGGAUUCUUAGUCAGACGCACAACAUUUUCACACAGGCAGGAGUAAGGCAGCUGUACGUUCAGAUCGAUGUGGCGGCCAUGUAAGUGCUGCCCUGAUUCAGAAGUCCUGGGACCAAAGCCCUCUGUGCUGCUACAUGAAGCUCAUCACCAAACUCUACCACUUUUUGCCCCUUCUUUUAAUUUCUUUGGGUCUCUUGACGUUGUCGACACCCAGUCGGACCAAUCUGGAGCAGCCGUGGUGCAGUACAGUACGGUUAACUGACUCUUUCUGGGGGAAAAAAAAACCCAAACAACACAAAGAUUGUUGGUGCCCCUGGUCAACAGCUGUCCUUGUUCAUAUAUUUUUAAAUAUCCCUAAAAAGACUCUAGUCUGUAUUUGGUGUCUCACCCUUAUUAUGGUCAGAAUGAGGUUUAAAAUUAUGUUUGAUUAAGAAGGAAAAGCCUCUUAACAGUAUGUGAAGUGAAUCAUUAGUAUUUUCUGUGGUCGGAUGUCUUUGUAGUUGCAGACGUCGGUCACAUGUGUUGCCCCACACUUCAGUUUAUCAUUACACUUUGAUCUCUUAAGUGCCUUUUUCCCCUCCCAGUGGAUCUCUUGGACAAUCUCCCACACGUUUCCUUCAUCCAGCAUCUGUAAAAUCAUGAAUUAUGUAGGUUAUUCUAGCCAGUUUUAACAUUCCUUUGUUUUUGUUUUUUUACUGCAUGGUGUUCACUGAUUGAUUCACUGAUUAUUUCUCGGAUUUCUACUUAUGUAAAACUGGAUGAAACACCAGCUUUAUUCAGCCAUAAAUGGAUCUGAUGAGCCACUUAAAUGUGAGAAGUCCAUACUUUAAUUACCCAUAUGGAUUUUAAAGAACAACUGUGCCACAGGCCAGAACAUUUGUGCAAUUCAAUAAAUUAUAUUGCCAUCUGA